GCCGAUAAUCUCCAAACCCUAGAAGACUCUCCAAGAUUCUUUCUUUUUAAAAGAUUAAACCGCGAUUCCGCCAUGGCAAGGAAGAGGAAGCUUGGGUCGAAACCGACCCAGGCGUCGGAGCCUCCACAGAAGCAGCAGCACAUGGCGGAGCUACCUCAACAGCAACAUGAUCAGCUGGAAAUUAGGGACGGCGAGAAUCAGUUGGACGGCGAUGAAGACGUGGAAUACGAGGAAGUGGAGGAAGAACAAGAAGAGGAAGUCGAGGAUGAUGAUGAUGAUGCCGAGGAAGACGAUGGAAAUGGCAGGGUAGGAGGUGAGAAUCUGACGGUGGGAUAUCGUUCGGAGGCGGAUAUGUCGGGAUCUGGGAACGAGGGAGUUGAAGAAGCCGAUGAGCCGAUUGAGAAUCUCUUGGAACCAUUCAGUAAGGAUCAAUUGGUCAGUCUCCUCAAGAAAGCUGCGGAGAAGCAUUCCGAUGUCGCGAAUAAAAUCCGGAAGGUGGCGGACGAGGAUCCUGUUCACCGGAAGAUCUUUGUGCACGGGCUUGGAUGGGACACCAAAGCCGAUACACUUAUUGAAGCGUUCAAGCAGUAUGGAGAAAUCGAAGAUUGCAAGGCCGUUGUGGAUAAGAUCUCCGGGAAAUCAAAAGGGUAUGGUUUCAUUCUCUUCAAGUCACGGUCUGGUGCUCGUAACGCGCUCAAACAGCCCCAGAAGAAGAUCGGAAGUCGGAUGACGGCGUGUCAGCUGGCUUCCAUCGGACCCGUGCAGGGCAACCCGGCCGCGGCGGCUGCUUCGGCGCCUGUUCAGCAUUCUACCUCAGAGCACACCCAAAGGAAGAUUUAUGUCAGUAACGUAGGGGCGGAGCUCGAUCCCCAAAAGCUGUUUGCGUUUUUCUCGAGUUACGGAGAGAUUGAAGAAGGUCCCUUGGGGCUUGAUAAAGUCACAGGGAGACCGAAAGGCUUCUGCUUGUUUGUCUACAAGUCCCCGGAAAGCGCCAGGAAGGCUCUAGAGGAGCCGCACAAGAACUUUGAGGGCCAUGUAUUGCAUUGCCAGAGAGCAAUUGACGGGCCGAAAUCGGGGAAACAUCAUCACCAUAAUUCACACAACCCUAAUCCUCGUUACCAGAGGAAUGACAACAGUGGUUACAAUGCAGGUGGAGGUCACGGACAUCUCAUGGCUGGUAACCAAGCUGGGAUGGCUGCUCAAGCGGCACAGGCUCUAAACCCGGCUCUGGGUCAGGCCCUCACAGCCUUGCUUGCGACGCAGGGUACUGGAUUUGGAUUCAAUCCAGCAAUUGGGCAGGCUUUGUUGGGGUCUCUUGGGGCUGCUACUGGCGUGAACCCUGGAGCUGCAGGUGGAAUGCCUGCUGCUUAUGGCAAUCAAGCAAAUAUUACACCAGGGGUCAUUCCUGGUUAUGGUUCUCCGGCUGGCUAUCCGAGCCAGCAACCCGGGCAAGGCAGUGGUGGAAGAGUACAGCAUGGUGUCGGACCAUAUGGUGCUCCUUACACGGGUCACUAGAUGUACCCACUCUGGUAGCUGUGAGUGCAGGUUGAACAGCCAAUUGUAUUUGAAGUUAAAAACUUGGGAAAUCUUUAGUAAACUCAAUUUGAUUUUAAAAAUGCAUUCUUUUUAUCCCAAGUUUAUGAAGUGCAGUUCUUCUUUCUUAUAUUCUUUUCUGGAAUCCUAACAGCCUCAAGCUAUGGAAUUUUGGGUUUAUGAACAAAGCAAAAUGCAUUUGUUUUAGUAUUUUUUUUCAACGAAUUGUGUUUUUAAAGUUUCAAGUUUGCACUCGUUCUAAAGCUGACAACAAUGGACUUGUUUCCUUUGCCCUAAAAGUAAACUUUUGCACUGCAUGUUUCUCGACACGUCUGAGGUUUUUGGUUUCGUGCUGCUAUGGCAGAGGAAGAAGCUCUUGACGGGUCCUUCGAGCGAAAGGUAAGCACUUUUAAGGCGUUAUGGUAAUCUCGCACUCGGGAUAUCUCGUGACCAUAUACUCUCUCGUGGAUCGGGGAGAGAUCAUAUUUUUUCUUCGGAGUUCAUUUCAAUAUUCCCCCCUUCCCCGGACCCCGCUCAACGGGGAGAUGCUUUGUGCACCGGGCUGCCCAUUUUCAUUAUUCCCCCUGAAAAUGUCUUUUGGUACGGCAACAGCCAGUGGGUGGUUUUCCUGCCUUCGCUGUGAUGAAAUGGAAGAAAGGUGAGCCCUUUUCCCUUGGGUUAACAUAUAGUUCUUGGCAUGUGGAAAAUAGAGUUAAUAAUCACUUCAAGUCUGUUUACUUGGGGAUUCAAAACCUUUCUUUUUAAUCAGUUAAUAAGAGGGUGGGAUUUUAAUCUAAUGCUUUGUGAUGAUAAGCCCCCUUGUGUUUGUAUAGAAGACAUAGGGAUGGACGUUUCGGGAUUCGAUUUGAAAUUUUAGUUGUUCGGUUUGAGAAUGAUUUA